UGGGUUACCUGUUUUGGACCGGCGGAAGAGUGCGACGGAAGCUUUGGCCCCUUUGGCUACUUUGGUUCUUGUCGGGAGGUGAAGUCGGAGCAAGCGUGAAUCAUUCGUUUGCUGUCUUUCGUUCACGUCGAGACAGCUGCACAAAAGAACAAUGAGUUUCCAGUGGACAAUCGUAGCGGCCUUCCUCUACGCAGAAAUUGCCGUCGUCUUGCUUCUCAUGAUCCCGUUCAUCUCGCCUAGAACAUGGAACAAGUUGUUCAAGUCGCGGUUCCUCAAAACCCUCGGUGCCCAAGCAGACAUCUACUUCACAGUUAUGAUCGUUGUCCUCGUCCUGUUUUUCUUCGACUCCGUCCGGGAGAUGCGCAAGUAUGGCGCCCACCGCGAAGAGGCACAGUCGGAGUACCACCACCACGGAAACCUCGACGUGGAGAUGCAGCAGAGCAUGAAAAUGUUUCGAGCCCAGCGAAACUUCUACAUUGCUGGCUUCGCCCUCUUCCUGUGGCUGGUAAUCCGUAGGCUGGUGACACUAAUCAGUGCCCAGGCUGUACUCUUGGCGGUCAACGAAGCAUCUAUGAAGCAGGCACAGUCUGCCACUGAAGCUGCCCAGAACCUCCUCAAGCUGCAAGCUUGUGAUGCAGCAAAGAGCGAUAACGCGAAGCAGAAUGAAGGCAACAGCAAGACUGAAACACUGGAGAGGGACAUCAAAGAACUCAAGACCGAGCUGGAAAAGGCCCGCAAAGAAGUGACCCACCUGACCAAAGACAGGGAUGCCUUGAAGAUGCAGGCAGAGAACUUGAGCAAGGAGUACGACCGGCUGUGCGAGGAACACUCCAAGGCAGCGGCUGGAGGUGGCGACCAUGGAGGCAAGAAGGAUAACUAGGAAUCUUGCAAUUCAUCCUCUGAGCCAGUGAGGCUGCUGUUUGGGUGAAGACUGCACAAGCACGUUUGUCUUUUUUCUUGAACUGCAGCCAUGCGUCUCAGCGAGAGACGAAGCACGUUGCAAAGUGAACAUUGAAGCGUGGGUGUAUGCGUUAUCGAUGUGAUAUUUUAACGGCUGAAAUCGUGCGUUGAACGCGGGGGUUUGGUUUUUUUCCGUGACUGUUUGCACAUCACAUUUCACUGCUCUUGCAAGAAGUGUGCAUUUAGUUGAAAUGUGCCUUGUAAAAUAUAGUGUUUGUGUCUUCUCCCUACCAUUCUGGUACUCUCCUUUUACUAUUUCCUGUUUAGGGACAAAAGCACAUAUAUUUAGGUUCUCGGUCACUAAGACCAUCAGGUGCACACAAUGCCUGGCACAUUGUUUAAAGAACUACUUAUGCAAUGCUACUCCAAUACUAAAGCAACUGCAGACCUUCCUGUUCAGUUAUUUAUAUAUGCGCUAAACAAUAAGCAUGCACACAGAAAUGUGAUUUACUUUUGUUUUAUGAAUGCUCUUGCCUUGAAUGUAAUGAAAUAAAAUCUCCGGUGUACCUGUC